CAGACCGACUGCAGGCCCCUGCAGUGAGAGCGGCGCAUCUGGAGGAGAGCUGGCCGGCUGGGGAGGUGGAGGACGGGGAGAGAAGAGGAAGGAGGCUCCGGGAGCAAGCGAGACAAAAAGGGUCAGGCCUGGGACUUGGGAAAAUCGGGAGAGCGGAGAGAAGAGGGAUCAUCUCUCAUUUCUUUAUUUUUGUUCCUUUGAGUUUUAUUUUCACCUGAAACUUCCCUCAUCUACAUCUCGCCCCUCAUCAGACAUUGCCCAUAAAGCCCAUCAUAAGACUCUCAACGAUGCCGUCCAACACUGUCACCAACACCAACACCACUGCAUUCAAAGGCUCAGACUUCACUGAUUCACCUGGAAACAGAAUGGGUGAGAGCACAAUACUGGACAUGGACCUGAUGACAGAGGAGAAGUCGGCUAAAAGUAGUGCCUCUUGUAAAACUGGCAAGCCUGGAAGAAAGCGCAAGCAGUUUCCAGUUGAGAGCUGUGGCUCUCUCAAAGAUGGUGUGGGUGUGGGCAACAGCUACACUGGGGUGGGAAGGCCGUCCAUGGCACAGGUCCACAAUGGAAACGUGGGCGGGCACAGAGACAGGACGUCCGACGCCUGCUUCCCCAAACAGGAGAAGAGGGAAGUGGAGAACGGGAUCCCCAGAGACCCUUCCUCCUGCCGGGCCGAGGACAGCUCCCAGGGUCAGAGCCUGAGCCCUUCCCAGGAGAACGGAUUCCUGCCCAGCCGGGAAGAGCAGGACUCAGAGAAAGACAAGGACGACAGCCUGACAACGCCGCGCAAGAAAAGAGGGAGGCGGAAACUGGAGCGCCCAACGAAAUAUGUGGAGCACAAGGAGGAGGAUGGGGGUGAUGCAGUCAAGACCGAGGGAGGUCGAGGCAGGCUGCGAGGGGGAGUUGGUUGGGAGAUCAGCCUUCGUCAGAGGCCCAUGCCCAGAAUAACCUUCCAGGCUGGUGACCCUUAUUACAUUAGCAAGCGGACCAGAGAGGAGUGGCUGGCCAAGUGGAAGAUGGAGGCAGAGAAAAAGGCCAAACUGAUGUCAGCGAUGAACGCCAUGAAGGAUCAAGAGGAGAAUGAAACAGAGUCCCAGAGAGAAGAGGUCUCAAUAAUAAAGCACCCGCAGCCUUCAAAACAGCAGCAGCAGCAGCAGCCUCAGUCACACACUCAGUGUCAGUCUCAGCCUCAGUAUCAACAGCAAUCACAGCUGUCGCUGCCACAGCAACAGCAACAACAACAUCAGCAGCAGCCACCACCACCGCCACCGCCUCAGCAGCAGCAGCAGCAGCAGCAGCAGCAGCAGCCUACUGACCCUGCCUCCCCCACUGUGGCCACAACCCCUGAGCCUGUCGCCAUCAUAGGUGGAGACAAGACAUGCCCCAAGUCUGCAGACACUGAGCCCGAAUAUGAGGACGGUCGUGGUUUUGGCAUUGGCGAGCUGGUUUGGGGGAAGCUGCGAGGGUUCUCAUGGUGGCCAGGCCGCAUCGUAUCCUGGUGGAUGACGGGACGGAGCAGAGCCGCUGAGGGAACCAGAUGGGUCAUGUGGUUUGGAGAUGGAAAAUUCUCAGUGGUCUGUGUAGAAAAACUCAUGCCUUUAAGUUCCUUUAACAAUGCCUUUCACCAACCAACUUACAACAAGCAGCCCACAUAUAAGAAAGCCAUUUACGAGGUGCUACAGGUGGCUAGCAGCCGGGCAGGCAAAGCCUUCAUGGCCUGCCCUGACAGUGAUGAGACAGAAACCUCCAAAUCAGUGGAAAUGCUGAACAAGCAGAUGAUUCUCUGGGCUAUGACAGGAUUUCAACCCACUGGACCCAAGGCCUUAGAGCCACCAGAGGAGGAGCGUAACCCAUACAAAGAGGUUUACCCUGAGAUGUGGGUGGAGCCGGAAGCAGCGGCCUACACACCUCCUCCAGCCAAAAAGCCUCGCAAAAGCACAGCAGAGAAACCCAAGGUCAAGGACAUCAUUGAUGAGAGGACACGAGAGCGGCUUGUUUAUGAAGUGAGACAAAAGUGCCGCAACAUAGAGGACAUCUGUAUCUCCUGUGGAAGUCUGAAUGUUAGCCUGGAGCACCCGCUGUUUGCUGGAGGAAUGUGCCAGAGCUGUAAGAACUGCUUCCUAGAAUGUGCAUAUCAAUAUGACGACGAUGGUUACCAGUCAUACUGCACUAUCUGCUGUGGAGGACGAGAAGUGCUCAUGUGUGGAAACAACAACUGUUGUCGGUGUUUCUGUGUGGAGUGUGUCGACCUCCUCGUUGGUCCAGGAGCGGCCCACGCUGCCAUCAAAGAAGACCCGUGGAACUGCUAUAUGUGCGGUCAGAGGGGUGUGUUUGGUCUGUUGGAACGUCGUACUGACUGGCCCAGCCGUCUUCAGCACUUCUUUGCAAAUAAUCACGACCAAGAUUUUGAUCCACCAAAGCUUUACCCCCCAGUCAUGGUGGAGAAGAGGAGGCCCAUUCGUGUCCUGUCGCUAUUUGAUGGAAUAGCAACAGGGCUGCUGGUGCUCAAAGAACUUGGCAUCCAAGUAGAUCGCUACGUAGCUUCUGAGGUGUGUGAAGACUCCAUCACUGUGGGUAUUGUCCGGCAUCAGGGUCGCAUCAUGUACGUUGGCGAUGUGAGGAACGUCACACGCAAACACAUACAGGAGUGGGGUCCUUUUGACCUAGUUAUUGGUGGAAGCCCAUGCAAUGACCUCUCUAUAGUCAAUCCUGCUAGGAAAGGUCUUUACGAGGGCACCGGCCGCCUGUUCUUUGAGUUUUACAGGCUGCUCCACGAGGCUCGGCCGAAGGAGGGGGAUGACCGGCCUUUCUUCUGGCUCUUUGAAAAUGUGGUUGCUAUGGGUGUCAGCGAUAAGAGGGACAUCUCCCGCUUCUUAGAGUGUAACCCAGUGAUGAUCGAUGCCAAGGAGGUGUCUGCUGCCCACCGUGCCCGCUACUUCUGGGGUAACCUUCCUGGCAUGAACAGGUUGGUUUUUGAAUGGCCUUUGACUGCUAUGUGCACUGACAGGCUGGACCUCCAGGACUGUUUAGAACACGGCCGGACAGCUAAGUUUGACAAGGUGAGGACCAUCACCACCAGGUCUAAUUCCAUCAAGCAGGGCAAGGACCAGCAUUUCCCCGUCUACAUGAACGAGAAGGAGGACAUACUCUGGUGCACUGAGAUGGAGAGGGUCUUUGGCUUUCCAGUCCACUAUACGGACGUGUCCAACAUGAGCCGACUGGCGAGGCAGAGGCUCCUGGGCAGAUCAUGGAGCGUCCCGGUUAUCCGCCACCUGUUUGCACCACUCAAAGAUUACUUUGCCUGUGUUUGAGCAGCAAGAAAACUCGCUCAGAACCAUUUAGAAACUACAACUGUAACGUUGUGACUAGAAAUAAGAGCCUUGAUCCUCAAAUUAUACUCUGGUAUAAUUUGCAAGCGAAACAUUGACGUAGAUUUCACAUUAUUUCUUGUAUUUGAAUUGUAAUUCUUAUUCUAUUUAAUUUUGAUAUGUCAUUUUACCUUUUAGCAGUGUUAUCAAGUAUUGUUGAUUUGUUUGUGCAAGCUAUACUUGAGACUAUGCUUUCUUCUCAAGACACUGAGACAGAAAAGUGCUACACAUGUAUUUUAAAAGAGACGGUAAUGCGAUGGGAAACAUCAGAAAGAAAAAAAGAAAGCAGUUUUGAGAUAUGUGAAAUGUUUCUGCUGUGUGAGCGUACUGUACGUCGGGGCUGCUAGAUUCCCACCUGCAGUGCAGCCAUGCUUCCAGCUACUGAGCCUCACAGAGAUGUGAAGAGAAAGGCGAUUUUCCUCAGUGUCAGGAGAGCUGUGUCUCUGAGAAUCCAAAACACCAGAUCACAUAUACCUCUUUGUUUACAGUUUCUAUACACAACUGAAGGUAAUAAAAGGUACUACUGUAAUAUGGUUACAAUACCAUGGUGCUCCAAGAUGAUGAGAAACAUCAUAGCCCAUGUGGCAACUACAACUUUAGACAAUACGGAGCUCUUGAAACCUGUUGCUGGAAAAACUUGUUUGACGUUUUUACACUUAAUGAAAAAAAAAAACCAAACUGUUCUGUGCCGUUUUGUUCACUUCAGAGGAAACACAGGAGUGACAGACAGUAGACUGCAAAAAUAGAGCAUAUCCUCUGCAUUAUACAGCACAUUACAGCAGUAUAUUUUAUACAGUUUGUACUGGUGCUCAUUUAAUCUCUCCGCCUUGCUACACUCAGGCUCACUGCCUGGAUCUGCACAAACAGAAAGUGAAGCUAGCCACAUGGGAAAUGAUGUUUUCUGUCAUUCAAAAAAAAAAAACCUUAAGAUCAAAGUCUGUGGUGAGCUACUUUUUUCUAGUUUCAUCCUGACCAAUGACAUUACUGUACAACUGUUAGUAAGCGUGGUGGCUGGAGGGAGGGAGGGUGACCAGGCCGGGUAACUCCCCCUCCGCAACUUCCACCUCUCUAAACUGAAAAACUGUCAGGUGCAAAUCCUCAACAAUAUGGUGCGGCUUCACAAAGUUCUUCUACCUUUUUAUAGCAAUUUUGUGCUGUUUUAUCAACAUUAUAAAGCACUUUUAUAUGUAUACUUUUCUUUUUUCUUGAUAUUUUUUUUUAAAUAUUGGUUCUUGUGAAUUGUUUUUGUUUUGUUUUAUGAUGUGAACUGAUCUACCCUCGUGUAAUACUUUUUGUAUACAGUAGGGCUGUGCCAAUAGAAGUGAAAGAAUGGAUUUUGAUAUGUGAAACCCAUGUUAUUUGACUCAGUGUACAGUAGAUGGAUCGACAUUUGUCACCCCAAACCCCUUUCCCUUCUUCCAUCAUCCAUAUUGUUUACUGUUUUAAAGCAGCGAUACAGUAUGUUACUACCCAGAUUCAAAGAAUGUCUACUUCUAUUAAGAUUGUACAAUGUAAGACAGAGUCAAAGAACUGUGUCAUGUGCUUUGUGAAAUAUUUUGUCCCUUAUGAAGGACAGUUGGCCUCUGCCAUUUCCCUGAUCGAUCGUAGUCGUCAUGUUGACAAAUUUUAAGUGCUGAUCCAAAUUUGGAUUACAUUCAAACUAAAUUCUCUUGAUUGUAACCUCUUAAGCUAAAUAUGGAGGAUUUAGGCUGCAGUUUGUCAAAACAAAAAACUGACACAGUGUUUGACAAAGAUGUCAGCACUCAAAGAAUAAAGAGGAUAAUAAAAACAGAUGCUAUCGCUUAUCUAUAUCAUAUUUAAGAUUCAAAAUUUGAAAUUUAAUUUCUUAAUGUAAUUAAUUUCUAAGUGACCUUAAUUUUUGUCCAUGCACACUGGGCUCAAUAUGAGCUCCUGUGCUUUGUGAUAUUUUACCCAGAUGUUAUCCCCCCCUUCCUUCUAUAGUACUUAACAUCCCCUCAUGUUUGUACAUUUUGUACAUAGUUUUCCGGUUGCUGUUUUCAAUUUGUUUUUAUCUUUUUUUUUAUUACCUAUGAGAUGUACAAAUAUAAUUCUUUGCUAAUAUAUAUCAUUGAAUUAGAAAAAAAAAAUCUUAGGUUAAAAAUAAAAAUCAAGUGACAAAUUUGAUUCAAAACUUGCUUUGAGCAGCAUUAGAUAUAGGGAGACUCCAAGUCGACAUUUUUUCGUACCGAUUUGUUUGUGUCAAGUGAAUCCAGAUUUAAUGUCAUGUGAUCUUAAUAAUGGCCUACGGACAGCUUUAAGAUGAACGGUCUCGACUUCACUGCACAGCCCUACAUGGUGGUGUUUUUUGCUUCUGUUUCUUUUGUAAGACUUUAAAAAAAAGAGGGAUUGUAGGUGUUUCUGAUGGUGCUAAACAUUUUAUCUAAUCAAGAAAAAUAUAUUUGAUUGGAAGAGAAAUAAACAUGUCUUGACAAUGACUGUUUUUAAGUUCCUUGUAGUAAUGGAAAAGAACUAUUAUUUCACUCAUAUAAAUAUAUUAACAAAGGCAUUUUAACUUUGUACUUGAAAAAAUAAGGAUAACAAAUAAUGAAAGGUUUCCUAUAUUGUUUUAGACUAGAGAUUGCUGUAGUUGGUGCUUAUCUGUGGGAAAAUCGUGUGAGAAAAAAAAAACGGUAAUAACUUUUACUGUAGCAUAAUGUACGCUUAAUACGCAUUGCUUCUUAAUCCUACAUUCCAUGCCGUAAUAUUCUCCAUGUCUGUUUUCAAAAUGUUUUUUUGAAUUGAUGCUCUUUUGUUUUGUUCUUUUUUUUUUUAUCAGAAACAAUAUUUCAUUUUUACUGUUCAACCCAGGUCAAUAAUUCUAUAUUCAGUGAUAUUGUUGACACUCUGUGUGACUUUCUUUCUGUCAUAACUGUUUUAUGGCUUCUACGCUUUUCCUCAAGACCAGUUCGUACAGCAAAUGUAGCAGUCAUUCUCCACUUUGAACCCCCCAUUCUUAUGUUUAGUGUCCAGAAAGAAGAUAAAGGCUCCGUAUGUACUUGUGCUGGAGAACACUUGAAUAAAUGUAUUGUUUUUGUGCAAAAAUC